CCUAAACCCUAUGUGGGGAAUGCGAGCUUCUUCCAGGCGGAUCACUGGCGCUCGCUCCUUCACAGCGUCUUUUUCUCCAGGCGAUCGUCAGUGCCCGGAAUGGAAGGAUUUCCUGGCGUGGCUCAAUAAGCGAGGUGGAUUAGGCAAGAACACCGCGGUGACAAUUGGAAUGUCACAGUAUGGAAGGGCAUUGUUUGCCACUCGUAGAGUUCCUGCUGGAUCACGUUUUCUCGAAAUACCCCGCAUUGCCAUUAUCACUCCAGAGAACGUACCUUCGCAAGUGAGCCACCUUCUGAGCACAAGCAACCCAAAGACUCGGCUGUCUCUUUUCCUUCUAUCCGAAAAACACAAAGCUCAGGAAUCGCAGUGGGCUCCUUAUCUUCGAUGCUUGCCUCAACUUGGUGAUAUCGAAAGCACGAUGUUUUGGAAGGCUGAGGAGCUAGCCUGGCUCAAGCACAGUCCAACUUAUCGCGAGACGAUGGAGUGCUUGAAAAUCAUCAAGUCUGAAUUUCACGUCCUUGAAGCAAAAGUAUUCCCAUGGUGUCGUGAUGCGCUUGGCGAGGUCUCGCUCACAGACUUCAUGCACGCUUACUCAACUGUUUCUUCACGUUCCUGGGAAAGCCGAGAAGGAGAGUUGACAAUGUCAAUGAUUCCAUUCGCGGAUUUUUUCAACCACGAUCAUAAUUGUCAAACACGGCUCUCCUACGACAAGGAAAAGGAUUGUGCGGUGGCAGUAGCAGAUCAAGACUACAAAGCUGGUGAUGAAAUAUUUCUCAGCUAUGGUUCCACUCCAAACUCCAUCCUUGCUGUUGAUUACGGCUUUGCUGUGGCAUCCAAUCCCCACGAACAGGUGGAGGUACCAAUGGGUGUUUCACUAACAGAUCCACUCCGAGAUUUGAAACUUCAGACUCUAUCGCGACAUAAUAUGAGCACAGACUUGAAUGACGAUGGUUCUCCGAGUGGAAGAAAGCGUUUCACUUUCAGGGAUAGUGAUCUAGCUGAGCGCGGCUCUAUGGCGGUGGCUCCGCUCCGUGCUUUUGCUCGGCUUAUAUGUGCGGAAUCUUACGAAGACUUGCAAGAGAUGUCCGAGGAAUCGCUUACACACGACGUUUUCUAUGCGCUUUCACCAAGGCGUGACGAGCGCAAGGAAUCCGAGGCCGUUUCUUUUGUGCGCACACAGAUUAAGCAGCAAGUUGAUCAACACUCUAAAGCUCUAAAGGAUCUCGACGACGAUCGUGAAAUCCCUCUAUCAAGGAAAUCAAUAUUGAGAAACAUCCUGACUGGAGAGCUCCGUGUUUUACGAAAUCUGUCCUGCAUUACUUGUUUAUAAUCAAGUUUAUUUAUAAACAGAGUUUUUUUGGUUUGGUCA